AUGAGCGGCACCCGGGCCUUGGGCCGCGUCCGGGGCGGCUGGCGGCGAUGGACAGGGGCGCGUGCGGCGACCCAGGAUGCAGGCUUUGGCGCCGAGGCCCGGUCGCGGCCCGUCGGGGACCAGCCUUUCCCGGGCCUGCCGCCGUCCGAGACCCUGAGCCGGGAGCAGCUGGUGGACGUGCUGGGGGCGGCCGUGCUGGACCGGAGAGGACCUCUGGUGACACUCAACAAGCCACAGGGUCUGCCGGUGACAGGAAAACCAGGAGAGCUGACCUUGCUCUCGGUGCUGCCAGAGCUGAGCAGGUCCCUGGGGCUUGGGGAGUCGCAAUUGCAGGUCGUCCAGGCACCUGGGAAGGAGAUCUCUGGGCUUGUACUCCUCUCCAGCUGUCCCCAGACAGCAAGCCGUCUGCACAAGUUCUUCACGCACUCACGGAGAGCCCACAGACCCACAGCCACCUACUGGGCCGUCACUGAUGGGAUCCCAGCCACACCCGAGGGAGAGAUCCAGGCAGUGCUGAAGCUGGAGCGCGUUGAUGGGAUUGAUCUCGUCCUUCCCGUGAAGCCCCCAUCCCGGAGGGACGUCCUAGCAAGUGUCAAGAGGACCCUCAGCCACUUCCGUGUGGUGGCCACGGGCUCCAGCUGUGCCCUCGUCCAGCUGCAGCCUCUGACAGGCUUCCCCAGGCAACUGCAGGUGCACAUGACGCUCCAGCUCUGCCCUGUGCUCGGGGACCACGUGCACUCGGCCCGCGUGGGCACCGUCCUAGGCCAGCGCUUUCUGCUGCCAGCUGAGAGCACCAAGCCCCAGAAACAGGUCCUGGAUGGAGCUCUCCUCCGACGCCUCCAGCUGACCCCCUCACAGGCUGCCCAGCUGCCUCUGCACCUGCACCUACACCGUCUCCUCCUCCCAGGCACGAGGCCCGGGGAUGCCCCCACCCAGCUCCUGGCCCCCCUGCCCCCCUAUUUCUCCAGGACACUGCAGUGCCUGGGACUCUGCCAGCAGCAGUCCCUCCUCUGCUCCUGAUGCCCUGG